UACACAAUAUCCAUGUACCUGCGCCAACACUGGAAAGACGAGCGGCUACGGUACGACAGCCGGCUAGGCAAUCUCUCAUUGGACGGCAGGCUGGCUGACGUCAUCUGGGUGCCGGAUACCUACCUGGCCAAUGACAAAAACUCCUUCGUGCAUGACGUCACCGUUAAAAAUAGACUUCUGCAGCUACACUGCGAUGGCAGCGUGAUUUACGGCAUGAGGAUUACCACAGUGGCAUCUUGCAUGAUGGACCUGCGGCACUACCCGAUGGAUCAACAGAACUGCACCUUAGAAGUGGAAAGUUACGGAUACACCCUGUCUGAAAUAUCCUACUCCUGGCAGUUUGGCGGGAAAUCGGUUGUCGGCAUGGAAAACAUCAAAAUCGCCCAGUUCACCAUCACGGAGUGGAAGCUGAUAUCCCGGCUACAGAACUUCUCCACGGGGUCGUAUCCCAGACUCUCCAUGAGCUUCCUGCUGAAGAGAAACAUCGGCUACUUCGUCCUCCAGACUUAUCUCCCUUCCAUCCUACUGACCAUUCUCUCCUGGGUGUCCUUCUGGAUCAACCACGAGGCCACAUCCGCCAGGGUCGCUCUAGGCAUCACGACGGUGCUCACUAUGACAACGAUCAGUACGAGUGUCCGCCAGUCCCUGCCCAGGAUCUCCUACAUCAAGUCCAUCGACAUCUACGUGGUCACCUGCUUCGGCUUCGUCUUCUCGGCUCUGCUGGAGUACGCCAUAGUCAACUUCAACUACUGGUCGCACCACAAGCGUAAGGCGCGGGAGGCCCUCAAGAGCGUCACGGCUAACAAUAACGUGGACGGCGACAACGGCAACAACUCAACUCUCCGGACCAGGAGGUUCCGAGACGGUACCUACCAGCAGGUUAAGAUGCAGUACAAUACAAAUAUCGGUCAACGAUUGUCACAGCGGGCCCCGGACAACGGCGAUGAGACCGAAGCCAUGGUGACAGAGGAGAUCCCCAUGAACAGGCUGAACGGAUUGGAAGGCGAUGGUCAUGUGGUGCGGAAACCCUCCUGCACUGGCGGCAAGGUUCGCCGGCGGUCCAGCGGCACUAACUACCGGCACACCCCUCCCUGGUUCGGCCCGGGGAGCUCGGGCAGGGCACGGAACUCGACCUUCCGGCGACGGACGAUGCGCGUCCGUCUGCCCGCGGUCCGCAACGUGAACAUUGUUGACACCUACGCCCGCAUCCUGUUCCCUAGUCUUUUCAUCAUUUUCAACAUUGUCUACUGGAGUGUGUAUCUGUUGUGGCAACAACAGUGGAAAAACAAUCAGACGUGGACUGAGUGAUGAUGAGCAGUGAAGGCUUUGCUUCAUUUCAUUAUUUUUUUUCUUCCACUGACCGUCAGGACAGCACCUGAUGUUAAGAUCAGGAGAGAGUUUGACUGUGUGCAUACAGAAUUUUAGAGCGAACGUGGCGUCUGGGUAACAGACGAAUGGAUUGCUUGGUGGUCGCAUCAAAUAUGCAUGGUGCUUUAGUGUUUUGAAGAGAGAGAGAACAUCAACACCAUGCCAAGAGGGCUUGGUACAAAAAAAGAUACUUUGAAACUACAGAUGGUUUCAACAUGAUUUGAGAAAGACUGUGGAGGACAUCGUGGUGCCCCUUUUUUAUUUCACAAAACAUUUUCUUCAAAACCGUAUCUUCAAUUAAGCUCCAAUGAGUGAGUUUCAGUUGCUUUUCCAUGGUGUCGAGAGAGGGCGUGCUGACAAGAAACCGCAACUGACAACUAUACAAUCAAAUAAGUGGUUAAUUUUCACCUCAAGUACGAUGUGAGUGGAUACAUAGUAUGGAAGCAGCAUUGCGCCAUUUUGUUUCCUUUAAAGUUGUUCGGACUCGCAUGAGACAAUGGAAACAAAAUGGCGGCCAAAGUGCUAAUACUACAACUUCCUUAAAAACUGCACUACUACAAAAGUAAUCGAAUUGGUAAAUUGUCUUCUAAAAGUGUGUCUGAUAUUUUUUUGUGUGUCGACAGCACAAGGCGAACAGUUACUAACCUAGGUUUGCAAAUAUCUAUACAAUGUCCUGUUUUAAGAUUUUGACUAUCAAAAGAUGUAGAAAGGUUGCUACAAACUUUUGCCUGUCUAAAUGCAAUUUCGAUUAUUCUCGCAAUACAAAGAAAAUAAUGGUGAAAAAUUGUAAAUAGAAAUAAUGGCAACAAAUAAUAAUAUUUACCAAAACAAAGUUAUAGUCAAAUAUUUAACUUAUCAGAAAACGUUUUCACAAAAGUAUUCAUAUUAAAAACUUGGAAUUGUACGUUUUGAAUUAACAAAGGCACAAUCUUGGAGUUGAGACCUGUCUUUAGAGCAUUGAAAAUUAGGGCAUGAACUUUUUUAUACCUGUGCAUUACUUAGAAAAAAGCAUGAUUUUUAUAUUUUCUUCAGUUCCAUAUCGUAAAAAAAAAUUCGGGUCUCACUUCUUAUCAAGUUUCGCAAACAGUUUUUCUUUAAACAAAUUUUAAAACAAACUAACUUAAAUAACAGUGAAUCAAAUGAGUGAAUAUAUAAAAAGUAUGAUAUUCUACUCUGGGAUUCAAAGUUCUCAAUUUCAAGUUGGUCUUCUUUUUAAGAGUUAUGCAACUAAAAACAUAAUUUUUCUUAUCGUGUCCCUUUCGCGUUUUUUAUGUACAGACAAUGACAAGAGGACAUUUAUUCAACAUAAUUCAUAUUUUAACAUAGUAUUAUCUGUUGAACUGACGUUUGUAAUGUGCAGACACCGGUAGAUGUUAAUCAACACUAAUUUUGUAUUAUAAGCAGUUUUAUUCCUUUUUCGUUAGACAAGCAGUAUUAGGGAGUAGGAUGUUCUCAACAUAUUCAAACUGUUUCUUUUCCAACACCAUUUUAGAAAGCUUGAAUGGUUUCUCUCGAAUGUCCAAUUUAAAGAGUAUCAUCGUUAUAAAUCAAGAUUCCCGGUAUUGCGUUCAGGUUUCCAAAUCUGACAUCAAUAUUACUUUAUUUUUUAUUUUCAAACAAAAUCCGUCCUUCGAAAAUAAAAUGGUCAUUUCAAACUUGAAAAGGUCGAUCCAAUAUUGUUUUAAACUGUAUUUAAGUUGAAGUAUUUAAUUUUUAAUGACUCCGCCAAACGGGUAAUCUUGCUUUGCUUCAAUGAGUUUGCUUUUUUUCAGUUUCAAACUGUAAUAAGUAUUAUUCUUGUUAAACGUCUAGUCGAUGACUUACGGACAUUUUAUGCCUUGUAGAGGGCUUUGAUUCAACGUGUAGAAGAUUAUUUGAACGAUCUUCCAAAAAUUGAGGGACGUGUCAUUUUACAUUGAAAAAAAGUGACAGAAAUUACUGUAAAAAAUAUAAAUGCAAUUGUCAUUUUCAUAAUUGGCAGGCCGGGAUAUGCAUCAACAAACGCUUGAAUAACAAAUGUUUUUGUGAAAAUGUGUACAUGUGUAGCUACAAAUCUCAUGGAUGUUUUAUUUUUCAUGCAAUUGACAAAUAAUUACUCGAUUUAUAACAAAUCAAAGAAAAAUUGUGUAAGAAAAGAUCAAUUGUAAGCUUACAGUAGCUGUGUUCGAUUACUAGAACCAAUCUCCCGAUUUACCCCGCAUAUUUUCCAAGUAGAUCCACCCUUUUUUGACAAUUGUUAAAUAAGUAAACAACAGACUUACAUUUUCUUCUGAGAUAAACUAGAGGGAAGUUGUAAGUUUUUCAUGCUCGAAAAAAAGGCAAAAAAGCCCAAACAUACACAAACAAAAAAAUAAGCAAUAGCUCAAUACAAUCUCUGUAUUCAUACGAUUUGCAUUUAUUACAAUAAACAGUCGUUGAUUACUUUCACACGCGAUGAAUAACAGGACCGCAUUUAAAAAAAAAUGUUGAUCAACAAAUGAGCCAGAGGAUUUUACGGAUAACAUGGGAUUUCUCGCCAUUUUUUUCGAGCAAACAUUCAUAACCAAACAUAUUAUUGUGAAUAAAAGUUUUUUUUAUAUCUUGAUUUUAUAUUAUAAUAAAAAAAUUCAAUAAUUCAGACAUCCAUCAGACACAGCUACUCAGCGUUCAAAUUAGGUCUUGAACCUUAUCCUAAAAACAUUUACCCUAACCAACCGUUUUUCGUUUGAGAAGCCAAUUCAUGUAUCUUUUUUGCCUAAUUUGAACGCUGGAUGCAACCGUCUGUAAACCGACAUGGUGACGGACGGACAUACCGACAAAGCACCACGAUUGUAUUCGAUAGAGAUAUUGUUCAUUUCGAAUACGCUGAUGGAAUAACAGACCGACGGACAGAGAUAGAAACAGACAUACACAGUUUGACAGGCUGAAGGACGGACAGGCGGAUGAUGUGAUUCCUGACUCUAUAAUUAUGACGAGGUGAUUUAAUUCUCUCAAUCAUUAAAGCUACAUAACAAAUCUCGAAGUUACGUAUCAUACUGAUAUUUUUAUCUACCUUUACUUACUUAAAUAUUUUUGUUAUUGGCCGUUUAUAACUGCACAAUUUGUACAAUAUUCGACUAUCAACAACCCUGACAAUCGAUUCUCAAAAACCGACAGAGCAUUGAUCAGAAUUUUGUUCUUGUCAGUGUUUCUAAUGCCGAAGUUCCACAACUUUAAAUUUUUCAAAGCUUAGAUCAAUUUGGAAUAAAUUAUGAAUCUGGAAAAUCCGUAAUGGAGAAAACGUGGACCAUGCAACACAACAGACGACAGAAUGCAUAUUAGCACGGACAGCCAGACGGAACUCCCGACGAACAAACCGACGUACUAAAAGCGAACUGACGAACAGACCAACUGAAACUGCCGAGACCAACAGACACACCUUCACGCUAACAAUUACAUACAAAUGGUUGGGGAAGAAUGAGCAUUAUUUUACAAUAAAGGUUAACAAAUUUUGUACAAAAUGGUGGUCCGGUGUGUCUUUAUUUCAAACAGUUUGGAUCAGUAAUUUGGACCAAACAGACUUGACAUGUAUCUGAUUCAAAUGUACGUGUUCUUCAGGAUGAAAUUUUUAUUACGCCUAAUUUGGCUCACAGCAGAUUAUGUACGAUAAUUAUGUAUUUUGCUCAAGGUUUAAAACAAUUCUUUAAUGGCCUCUAAAAGACAUGUCUGAAAUUUGUUUUUGCUGCUUCUGUGUAGUGCUCUUUGUGCCCCACUGACUGUCGAUUGUCAGCCGAGCAGUGCUAUUGUAUAGGAUUACCUGCUAACGCCAUAGUGUAUCCCGGAUGCACGAAACGACUACCAGUGAAUAGCCAUUCUGAAUCAAUCAAGAGUUUAUUGGCGAUCUGAGACCAGCUAUAGUUUAGGCUAACCAAGGUAACACUAUACUAGGAAACACUUGAAAGACUUCAUAGCAAACGGUUUGAAAUAGAGUGUGGGGGUCACCAUUCCCAUCCCCCCCCCCCCCAAUCUGCAAAGCUCCAGAUGCGAUAUUUAUGCUGCCGCAUAAAGAUAUUUCUUUACUUACUUCCAUACAAGCAAAAUCUGGUACAUAUAAAAAUUAAAGCACAAGUUAUACUGGUUCAAAUGUAAUUCAUUGCGUGGUUAUAUAGGAGACGAAGUUGUGCUAAUCAUGUAACAUUAAUAUAAUAUUGCAUAUCAGACAUAAAACUAUACCACACUCCAAGAAAAUGUUGGCGUGAAACUCACCCCAAGAGUGAAGGGAAUUUGCUGCACGUGUACACGAACCUUACAAGGUCGGCUCUUUACCAAAACAUGGGUACCAACCAUCGGUACCAACAGAGCGGUACGUUAAAAUCGUACUUCAAAAUUGUUUAUAAUGUAAACAAAAACGCACACAAAUCUCACUUUAUUUUCGGGACUUAGCAUACACAUUAUACGUGCAUUUCUAAACCAGUUAAAAUGGUCCCGACAAUAUUGUCAAUCUAUAUGUCAUCAAAGAUGUCUAACUUAUUAACGUUGCAAUUAA